ACCCCAAUAUGGCGGAAAAGUGAAGUAGAGAAACCAAACGCAAAAAUCUUAAGUAUAACGGGGGAAAAUGGUCGAACAAUUCUUCCAACUUGUUGAAUACGGUGUUACAAAUCCCUCACAAAUUACUACUAACACGGAAAAACUUAUUCCGGUCCUAAACAUUUUGGAUUCUAGCUCAGAACUUGUGAAAAUCACUUUUGAAUUUUAUAAGCAUGUCCGUCCAGUUCAAGCCAAAGCCCUAUUGUCUAGUCUUAAYGAUAGAGGAGYUCUGAAGGACGAGUCUUUGGUAACUACGUCAUGCUUUGACUCAUUCCUCUCUGGAUUGUUGUUCAAAACAGUGACUUGUUCUGCAGUUCAGUGUACAAAAUACUGCACACAAGUGUGGAUUGAUAGGAUUACUAAUGAAGAACUAAAAGCCAUAAAUUUGCCAAAUCCUUUGCAGUACCUCAGUAAUGCUAGACCAACACUUCCCACUUCAAUAGAUUGUUAUUCCUUUCUUCAAUUCAAAGCUUUGGAUACCAAAGAAAGAAAGCUUGUCAUCCUCAACUUCAGAAAGUUAUCUAGCCUCAUUCCUGCCUCUUUCUACCCAAGAAUAGCUGUUGCAUUCUAUGUUUUUGUAGAGUUUUACAAAAAUGAAAGUCAACUCCGUCCAUUAAACCAAGAAAUUUGUUUGUGGCUGGAAACAUGGUACCACAUGGUGGUGUCCAGCCUUUCAUGUAAUGUCCAUGAUGUCCAUCGAAAUAAAAUACAACCACUCCACCACAUUCUGUGCGCAUUGAUGUUUUCUACAAAGACUAUAGACUUUAUAGGGUCUUUGCCAGGUGUUUCAGCAAACAUUGUGAAUGGAUUAGAGAUACUUUUUGAGAACAGUUCUGGUUUGACAAAAAAAUGGAUUUCUACAUUAUUGUUAGAGUUUCAAAACAAGGACAUACAAUAAAAUAAAUAUACAGACCUUGUAAACACUUAAAAACAUCUAAGUAACUAUAAAGCMAAAGAAUUGUAAUGUUUGUAAGAAAAUCAAUGUGUUAUGACAUUUCAUCAUGGUUUAAAGCACURUGAUGUUACUAAGUUGGAAAUUUGUAUACAAUGUUGAUAUUUUUAUUGA